AGCUUCUUCCGUCAUCUCUCCGCAUUCUGCACACUGUGUCUGUACGUCGACACUGAGAGGUCAUCCCCGGUGCACCGUUCGCAAUACCAUUUUCGAAAGCCGGAAGGUGAGGGUGAACCACCGGUGUGACUUUCAUGUGCAUCUUUCAACAACUGACGCCUACGUGUAGUCGCACAAAUGCAACCGAAUCAUAUCCUACGAUCUCAAGUUCGACUGACAGUAUGGCACUUCUUUCGAUAGAAGGCACUGCCUUCGAUGCUAGUACCUUACGGACCGCAUAUCGCGACAGUGUCACUAAACUUCCCGACAGCUCCGUCCACCGGAAGAUCAUUGAUAACUCGACAGUCGCGGAGCCGUGUCCUAUCUGUCUACAGAAUGGAGAUAUUGGGGUAGAGAUGGUGAUGCUUCGGUGCGAAUGUCCACAUUGGGGGCACGAGUCCUGCAUGGCUAAAUCUAUUUUCGAGACGGGGGGCUGCCCAACUUGCAGAGCGACUCAGUUCUCCUUCGAUACCGUGUUCCUCCUUUCGUCGGCGUGCACAAAUGGGGAUGUCAGCAAGGCGAGGCACCGGCUUGAAAGUGGCACACAUCACUCCUCCCGGGAUAUUUUCGACGGAACACCAUUGAUACGAGCGGCUCAGAACGGCCACCGAGAGGUGAUCCGCCUGCUCGUGGAGUACGGGGCUUCAGUAUCACAAGAGGAUAUGUACCACCAGACGGCGAUAUGCUGGGCCUCAAAGGAGGGGCACAGGGAUGCAGUUGAGGAGCUUCUCCUCGCCGGAGGAGACAUGUCUUACCUAGACUCGAAGGGCCAGACACUGUUACAUUUGGCUCUAAGGAGCGGGUCUGAGGAAACGGUGGCUCUUCUUUUAGAAAGGGGCAUAGCGGGAUCCGCUGCAGAUUCGGAGGGAGUCACAGCCCUCCAUCUAGCCGCAAGAGACGGCUCUAAGGAACUCAUCAAUUUGCUGAUCGACAACGGGGCAGAAACUGCAGCAAAGGACAAACUCGGACGUACACCAUUGCACUAUUGUGCGGAGUUAGACUAUGGCGCAGCAACAAAGCUGUUGGUCGACAGAGGUAGUUCAUUGUCUGCAACGGACAAUGCGGGGCGGACAGCUCGUGAGUUGGCCCAAGAGGCUGGAAGUGACCGCGCGGUGAGAGCCUUGGAUGGCGAACCGUUAUCUAUUAGUAUUAUAGAAGGCCGCGUAGUUUUCCUCUAG